AUGACAGACAUCCCGUCGCUCAAGACGCAUGCUGAGUCUCAGCUCGCCUCUAUCCCGCCGUUUGGGGGCCCGCCGACCCUCGCCUACGCCAACGGCUCACCUGCGCUGGACGGCACCCUCGACGACGAAGAGUCUUCUACCAUCAAGUGCAUCUGCCGCUUUCCAGACGACGACGGCUCUACCGUCCUGUGCGAAAAGUGCGACACGUGGCAGCACAUAGUCUGCUACUACGAGAGUCGUGACGUGCCCGAAGUCCACGAGUGCGCCGACUGCUCGCCCCGACAGCUCGACUCGAAACGGGCGGCAGAUGUACAGCGACAACUUCGGGAGGUGCACAACGUCGGCGAACGCAAGGGCAGGCCCAAGACUGCAACAAAGAGCCACAAGAAGAAGAUCAAGGAUGCACCGGGCGCAGUCCAGACAAACGGAUGGGGCAUUCACACCAAUAAUGACGUACACUAUGUCGCCAACAGGAAGAGCGAAAGUCCCCGGGACCUACUCCCACCUGCGAAACGGCCGAAGACAGGCCAUCGAGCCACGGGAUCCGUCAACGUCCUCAGCUCAACACCCAACCUCACACCCACAGUUCGAAAACGGGCAAGCUCGGCCAUGUACAACGGCCAGCAGAGUCCUGUCAAGUCACCUACCUCUCCUCAUACUAACGGCUACGCGAUAGAAGAGUUUUCGCCCGAGUUCCUGCGACUUUAUCGACAGCCAGAGCCUCAACCUAUCCCUUCAAAUUCAUACGCAGACAUACGAAUCACCGACGAGAUCUUCACGUGGCUCAAAGAUCGCGAAAAGCUUGCGGAGGCUACUAACGGCAUGGAGCCUGGCCAGGUCUUCCAAAGAGUUGAGAAGUCGAUCGAGGAACUGGACGAGAUGGCGCCAGUGAUCACGAAACGGACGGAAGAAGAUCCCAACAUUGUCGCGCAUGGCCUUCAUCCAAAAUGGGAGUACCUGACCGUCGAGUCACCCGUAGCCCAGGGCAGCUACAUUGGGGAGCUGAAGGGCCAGAUUGGAAAAAAGGCUGACUAUGAGCUUGAUCCGUCCAAUCGAUGGGAACUCCUGAAGCAUCCGGAGCCUUUCGUAUUCUUCCCUCCUCACCUGCCCAUCUACAUUGACGCUCGACGCGAAGGCACCAUCCUACGAUAUACGAGACGAAGCUGCAAUCCAAACAUGACGAUCAAAAUUUUCACGCAAAGCCCUGAACUUGGCUGUCACUUCUGCUUCAUCGCGACUGACGAUAUCCAACCUGGAGAAGAACUCACAAUUGGCUGGGAAAUAAGUCCUGAGAUCCGACAACUGCUAUCGAACUCUGUGACGAAUGGCGACUUGCGAAAGGAAGGCUUCAAGAAGGUCGAGCAGUUUGCAAACUGGGUUGCGUGCGUGCUCGCAAACUUUGGUGGAUGCGCUUGCGAUCCGCACGCUCCGCAUAAGGGCAGAGAGUGCCUUCUGGAACGCGCCCGUCCCACCGCCACCCAGUCGGAACCUGCCCUCCAUCUGCACAAACCUGCGAAAGGAAGACGACCGAAGAAGAAUCAAAUAUCGCCGUUGAGCACUGGCCACGCCGUCAAUAGCCGCGCUAACAGCGAAGCCUUCCUUCGUGACACACACGACGAUGAACACGCCGACUUGCGCUCGACGUCUGGUUCAACCCGAAGUAAGCAAGGUAGCCGCGACAAUACACCUGGCACACAUUUCUCGCUCGACGGCGUGGACAUUAAGAAUUCCGAUCGCGAGAAGCGAAAAAUACAGCAGCAGGAACGACUGUUUGAACAACUGGAGUACGACGAGCAGCACGGCGGCAAGCGGCGGAAACGCAACAGCGGUGGAUCAAACCUGAAUACACCCACCGUUGGCAGUGCCAAGCAUCUUGGCUAUCCCGAUCCCUUCCUUCCCACAACCUCCAACCAUAAACACCGCACACCAAACGGCUGCAAUACUCGCAAAUCUGUCGGCAUCAAUGGAAGCCGUGGUUCUUCUAGCAAGACGACCGGCGGUUCGAUGCAGUCACCUAAGCCGCGUCCGGUUUAUGCUGACGCCUCGACGCAAACCGAGGGCACGAAUCAUUCGAGUCCACCGAUGUCGCCGGCGCUGAACCAAACCCCGUUUCAACCUCCCAUGUCGUUCAAAAGGAAGCUUCUUCUGCAAGCCAAAGAGGAAAGGCUGCAGCGUGAGAAACGUCGUUCGGUUAAGAAGGAGUUUGAAUCCCCGGCUCUGCGAGAUGUCAUCGAAAGCACACCUGUAGCGCGCUCGGCUGCGUCGCUUUCGCAUGCUAGCGCCAACCCUGACACUGCCGUCUGGAGUGGUCCCGGGACGUAUCAGGAUGGCCAACGUGCCAAGGACACAUCUACAACUGCGGCAUUUGGACCGUCGGCUGAAUCGGAUCCAGUGCCAAGCUCUGCGGAACAGGUGGAUGUGGAGAUGAAGGAUCAAUUACCAUUGGUUGACACUGUCGGGGAUGCCUCAACACCGUCAAAAGAAAAUGAUCCAGAAGGUCCCGUACCGCCCCCACCACCGUGGCCAUCUGCAUCAUCUCAUACUCAUACAACCCCUACGCAAAAUCAACGACCCGUCGAUCUUGCUAUUCAACUCCCUCCCUCUCCUGAUUUUUCUUCAAACACUCCUACUCUCGUCACUUCUUCGGUCGUCACUCCGGCGUCUGUCAGCAGUGUAAUAACUGGUGGCUUGCUUGCGCAGUCUCCAUCCACUCUGGUGCCUCCCACGGCUUUAGUCUCUCCUUCAAUUUCUAGUGCUGUUGCGGGCCCAACGCGGAAGAAGUUCAGCUUGAGCGAUUACAUGAGCAGGAAGAAGAAACUUGACCAAGGCACUCAAUCGUCCGGUCAGUCUUCUGGAAGCCCUCCUAAUCCCAUGGAUAUCUCUGCGACGGAAACGGAGCUUUCGCAAGCUCACAUGGCGCCGUCUGAGGUGGCCCCGAAAGUUGAGCCUGAGUCAGAUAAGCUACUUUUGCUGCCUCACGCGGCGCCGUCCGAGGUGGACCCGCAAGUUGAGACCGAGUUGGAUAAGCUAGCUACGACUGAUGCCAUGGACGAGAGCUGA